UUGGGCUUAGAUUAACUGUUGUGGCGACGCAGCUACGGAGGCUCCGUCGCGGUUUGAUGUCCACGCAGUGCCGAGCCGCGGAGCCGACAUGAGGUCCUCGUGACCGUACGGCACACAGGCGCCGCCGCCCGCGAAGCGCCGCCGACGAUUAGUCACACAUAAGAACGAAGGUCAUGGCUCCCCGGAAGCGGGCGGCGUCGGGAAGAGGGCCGCGAGCCGGCGCCCUCCGCCUCGGCCGGCGCCUUCUACUCCGCUCGUUUGGCCGCGGCCGCCGCCCCGGCUUCGCGCCUAAGUUCCUCCCUGCGAAUUUGCCAACCAUAGUACCCCAUGACGGACACGCCGACCGCGCCCGCGACGUAGAACAGCUUGUGGUCCUCUUUGGGCUGCUUCUCGCCCCGGACGUAGAGGCUCCGCCGCGCGGGCGCGCGCCGCAGCGCGGCUUUCGCGAGCCGCGGCAGCAUUGUGUUCUCGUGAUCUUGGGCGCGGGAAGCGCUCUGAGGCAACGCGUCGCGUCGACGGCUUGGCUGCCCCCAGUCCUGACUCGGCAGGAUGAUCUAAAUCCUACUCUCACCGAUGUGUAGUCCACGGCUGCCGUCGCUGGGCGUGCAUGCGCUGCGUAGACGAGAGUUUGGAUGAUCUUUGUGCGACGCUGGCCUCUCAGAGGCUGCCCCAAAGCUCUCCUCAGGAGUGGCAGAGAUGAGUGGCAGAAGGCCGGGGCGCGGAGG